CUUCUCCAAUGUGCGGGGCUGCUAGGGAGCCGGCCUUGCUGCAAAAUCGAAGUCGCCCAAUGAUGAUGUUGUGAAGUCGCCUGGCCGUCCCUGCCACGCCCGGGCGGUUACUGCAAGCCGCGGCCGCUUCGGCUGCAUCUCUCAGGCUACCACCGCUUUAGAUCCUAUUCCCUGAGGGAGAGCGGGCGGAGGACGGAGGACGUCGGGCCCUUCCCAGAAGAGAGAAACCAAGAAAUUGAGCACGGAGGCCUGUUAAGAGGUCAUGACUCUCCAGGGUAUGAUAAUCACAUGAGAACACUCAUUUGCUGCAGAUGUCAUUUAACUCAUCCAAAAAAAGCUGUUUUAAAGAAAAUAGCAGUACGACCAGAUCCAUUUUGUUAUUGAAUGGCUUGAUGGAUUUCCUUUACUCUGAUUCAUACCAAAGCUGCCCUUGUCAACCAAAGCAAGAAAGGAUCCUGCAUGAAUCAAUCACAGAAUGCCAUUUUCACAUCACCAACAGGUGAAGAAAUCCUCAUGAGUAUCAAUCACAGAGACUCGGAGAGUAUCACUGAUGUCUGCUCCAAUGAGGAUCUCCCUGAAGUUGAGCUGGUGAGUCUGCUGGAAGAACAGCUACCCCAGUAUAGGCUAAGAGUAGACUCUCUCUUUCUGUACGAAAAUCAAGACUGGACUCAGUCUCCACGCCAGCAGCAGCAUGCGCCUGAUGCCCUCUCUCCAGUCCUUGCUGAAGAGACUUUCCAUUAUAUGAUUCUAGGCACAGACAGAGUGGAGCAGAUGACCAAAACUUACAAUGAUAUCGACAUGGUCACACACCUCCUGGCAGAGAGAGAUCGUGAUCUGGAGCUAGCUGCUCGAAUUGGACAAGCUCUCUUAAAACGGAACCAUGUCUUGUCUGAGCAGAAUGAAGCUCUGGAGGAGCAGCUGGGACAAGCCUUUGAUCAAGUUAAUCAACUGCAGCAUGAGCUGUCCAAGAAAGAUGAAUUACUUCGAAUUGUUUCUAUUGCUUCUGAAGAGAGUGAAACGGAUUCCAGCUGUUCUACACCCCUCCGGUUCAAUGAGUCCUUCAGCUUAUCCCAAGGUUUGCUACAGUUGGACAUGCUGCAAGAAAAACUCAAGGAACUGGAAGAGGAGAAUAUGGCUCUUCGAUCCAAGGCUUGUCACAUAAAGACAGAAACUAUUACCUAUGAAGAGAAGGAACAACAGCUUGUCAAUGACUGUGUUAAAGAACUUCGUGAAACAAAUGCUCAGAUGUCCAGAAUGACUGAAGAACUGUCUGGGAAGAGUGAUGAACUCAUUCGGUACCAGGAAGAGAUCUCCUCUCUCUUGUCUCAAAUUGUGGAUCUUCAACACAAAGUUAAAGAACAUGUGAUUGAGAAGGAGGAACUGAGACUUCACCUACAAGCUUCCAAAGAUGCCCAAAGACAGCUGACAAUGGAGCUGCAUGAGUUACAAGACAGGAACAUGGAGUGUCUGGGAAUGUUACAUGAAUCCCAAGAGGAAAUAAAGGAACUUCGAAGUAGAUCUGGCCCUGCUGCUCAUCUCUACUUCUCACAGUCAUAUGGAGCUUUUUCUGGGGAAUCUUUGGCAGCUGAGAUUGAGGGGACCAUGCGUAAAAAGUUGAGUUUGGAUGAGGAAUCUUCUCUCUUUAAACAAAAAGCCCAACAGAAACGGGUAUUUGACACUGUCAAGGUUGCCAAUGACACACGGGGCCGCUCCAUCCCAUUUCCAGCUCUGCUACCCAUUCCAGGGUCCAACCGUUCAAGUGUCAUCAUGACAGCAAAGCCUUUUGAGUCCGGUUUACAACAAACAGAGGACAAAACACUCCUGAAUCAGGGGAGCAACUCAGAAGAGGUUUCAGAGAACGUUCAGAAGGUGGGUCAACCAGGACCGUCUGGAGAUAGUGAUUUGGCUACAGCACUGCAUCGCCUUAGUCUGCGGCGCCAGAACUACUUAAGCGAGAAGCAGUUCUUUGCUGAGGAAUGGGAGCGGAAGAUCCAGGUUCUGACAGACCAGAAAGAAGCGGCUAGUGGCUGUGGUACCCCCACAGAGAGCCUUGCCUCUCUCUGCACUGACCAGUCGGAGAUCACAGACCUCAGCAGUGCCAGCUGCCUUCGAGGUUUUAUGCCUGAAAAACUACAAAUUGUCAAGCCCCUUGAAGGAUCACAAACUUUGCACCACUGGCAGCAGCUCGCCCAACCAAAUUUAGGAACCAUCCUUGACCCACGACCAGGUGUCAUCACUAAAGGUUUUACCCAAUUGCCCAAGGAUGCCGUCUAUCACCUCUCGGAUUUAGAAGAGGAUGAAGAGGAAGGUAUCACUUUCCAAGUGGAACAGAAACCUUCAGUAUCCAAGCCAGUAACAGGAAUCUUCCUUCCAGCCAUUACUUCAGCUAGUGGUCCAGUUACAGUUGCAACCUCAAACCCAGGCAAGUGUCUGUCAUGCACAAACUCGACAUUCACCUUCACCACCUGUAGGAUUUUGCAUCCUUCUGAUAUCACUCAGGUUACCCCCAGCUCUGGGUUCCCUUCAUUAUCCUGUGGAAGUAGUGGGAGCAGUUCAUCAAACACAGCUGUGAAUUCUCCUGCUAUGUCCUACAGACUCAGCAUUGGUGAAUCUGUUACCAACCGACGAGAUUCCACUAUAACCUUCAGUAGCACCACGAGCUUGGCCAAACUUCUACAAGAGCGAGGCAUUUCUGCUAAAGUGUAUCACAGCCCAGUUUCAGAGAGCCCCCUCCUCCAACCUAUCCCUAAAGCCCUGGCUAUUCCUUCGACACCACCAAAUUCACCAUCUCACUCACCUUGCCCUUCUCCUUUGCCCUUUGAGCCUCGAGUGCAUCUCUCCGAAAAUUUUUUGGCCUCCCGACCAGCCGAAACAUUCCUCCAGGAGAUGUAUGGUUUGAGACCUACCCGGAACCCUCCUGAUGUUGGCCAGUUGAAGAUGAACUUAGUGGACAGGCUGAAGAGACUGGGGAUUGCCAGAGUGAUCAAGACCCCUGAUGCACAGGAAAAUGGAAGAAGCCAAGAGGCAGAGAUUGGUCUUCGAAGACCGGACUCUGCUGUUUAUUUAAAUUCAGGUAGCAAUUUAUUGAGUGGACUGAGGAGGAAUCAGAGUCUUCCAGUCAUGAUGGGUAGCUUGGGCACCCCAGUUUGCACAACCUCCCCGAAAAUGGAUAUCCUGAAGGAAGACUGAGGUUCAGCAGUUAACUGACCUCUUAGACAAAUUAACACAUGAAGGAUGGAUUUGCACUGAUACCUGUAGUCUGGUCUGACUGAGAGACAAGGAAUGUUGCAGAUGGGUUGUGAAUGUGGAAAGGGGAAAGUGGAAGAAUGGAAACAGAAUUGGGACGAGGCCCUAAUGAAUGAGGUCUAAUUAACUGAAAGCAUAAAUGAAUGGGUCAUGAACGUUUGGAGGCAGAUACAGAGGAAGGGUUUAAUAUACUUCUUCAGUUGGGUGUUCCUAUCUUGAGAAUAAAAAGUGACUGGACAAUAAAUUCAGUAAUCUCAAAAUAUACCAGUUAUACUGAACUUGCUAGCACAUUUACUUCUAGUAAGCAAAAGCAGCAAGAACCCAAGUUAGGAGAUGGGAAGAAAAAGGGAGCAGCUUUGACCACUGCCUAUAAAAAGCUGAACUGCAGGGCUGCUGAGCUAAGCACCAUCUGUUACUGAGACAAAUGAGAUGGCUCUUAUGUUUUACCCUGUUAAGGUCUGCUUGAAUUACAUAUCCAUCAAAUGGUAUGUACACGGCAGUAGCAAACAAGGAAUUUUAUCUUUUUCAUAAAAUCAGAGUAGUGGAAACUCCCUUUUGCUUUCUGUUUUCAAGCCUCUGAGCCACUGGGAGCCCAAAUGCCACCCAAAUUCCUUUUGUAUUUGUGAUAAUAAAAGAUCAUUUUUAAAUGUGUAUUUUUAUACAACACCUCCAAAAAAACAACAUGAAUUGGGGGUAGGAAGGAUUUACUUUAAGAAGGAAAAUAUGGGUAAAUUGGAACCAAGGAUACUUGUUUUCAGAAUAUUUCUUUUAGAUUAAGACAGUGGCCAAGGCGUGUGAACACAAUUACAUGUCUUUAUGUCCUUGGAGGCUGGAAGGGGUUAAACCAGAAGUGCAAUCAAUAGGAUUUAGGGGAUGUUGUGUAUUUAUGUCUGUACGUUUUUUCGUAGGGAGAGUUAGUUGCAACUAAACUUUUUCCGAAGUGCUAUGCAUAUUUUUUCAUUGAAGAUGACGUGUAUUUGCACAAAAAUUCUCAGGCAUAUUAAAUUAUUAUAAGCUAAAGUAAAACCCAGGUGCUUGCUUUCAGAUUGUGGUUUUUUUAAUGUAAAAUUAAAGCACAUCAGCCUUUUUCUUGACCUCUGUAGAAUUAGAGAAUGAACUUUUUUAAUGGGAAAGUCAAAGCUUUUGCUUUUUUUUCUGGGAUUCCUUUUUUUUUUUUUUAACAAAUUCUGUGAAGUGGCAAAGUGAAACUCUAGGUUUCCGCAUUCAGCAGUGUGACACAAGGCCGUGAACUGGGAAGAAACAGAUGUGUUUCACUGCGUUGCCGAUCAAGGUCUGUUCACCAGACAACAUGGCUUUCUCUGCACAGUACAGUUCAGAAAAAAAUACCAUUAUAUGAAAGGCAUGAUGGAGAAGAGAUGAGGGAGUGGGCUAAUUAUUUUGUUUUUGAAAGUGAGAGGCAAACUGAUCUUUUUGGAGUUCAAUUUGCAAAUGUUCGGCUCAUUUCUUCCGACUUAACUGGAAGACAGUUUUCUGGAGAAUUCUUUUUUUUUUUUUUCCAAAAACAUUUUAUUUAUUUAUUUGACAGACAGAGAUCACAAGUAGACAGAGAGGUAGGCAGAGAGAGAGGAGGAAGCAGGCUCUCCACGGAGCAGACAGCCCGAUGCGGGGCUCGAUCCCAGGACCCUGGGAUCAUGACCUGAGCCGAAGGCAGAGGCUUUAACCCACUGAGCCACCCAGGCGCCCCUUUCUGGAAAAUUCUUGAUAAGAGCCUUGCUCCUUUUGUUCCCAUUGAUACACCUGUUCUCAUAUUUAAGAAGGUCCUUCCUUCCCCUCUCCUACACGAAGAUGCCUCUCCUACAUGUAGAGCUAUGUGCCCAAAGGGGUAGAAGAACCAACAUACAUACAGUAGUAAGAAUGUGUGAGUUUACCAUGUUUUGUAGAAGCUUAAUUAAAAUUUUCCUAAAUUUCUUAAAAAUGAAAAGUGAAAGUGUCCUCUCCCCUUCUGUCAGUCAUGCUGACAUCAGCCGACCUUCCACAUACCACAUUCAGAAGGAUUCCAGCAGGUCCAUAAGUGAAUGUUAAGUGUCCCUGAAUACGGUAGGCACUAACCAGAAGAAUUCUUUGUUUAAAGAUGUUUAAAUUUCCAGAAUAUUCCAAUUCAUUUUUUUUUAAAAAUUGUAUUUGAGCCUCUACUUCCCAAAGUGACUCUGGGGUGCUUAUAUUAGCUAAUUCUUAAAGCUUUUUAUUUAUUCUCUAAGAAAGUAAUCUUCCUGUUGCCAGUUUCCAAGAAACAUCAGGAAGUAGAAAAAUAUAGGGCCAGAGAGUAGUACAAAGUGUUAAAUUAUCAGAUUUGUGUAUCUUUUUUUUUUUUAAAGAUUUUAUUUAUUUAUUUGUCAGAGAACAAGAGCGAGCACAGGCAGACAGAAUGUCAGGCAGAGGCAGAGGGAGAAUCAGGUUCCCUGACAAGCAAGGAGCCCGAUGUGGGACUCGAUCCCAGGACGCUGGGAUCAUGACCUGAGCCGAAGGCAGCCGCUUAACCAACUGAGCCACCCAGGCGUCCCCAGAUUUGUGUAUCUUAACGUAAAUAGCUAUAAACUAAGGUAGAUUUUGGAGUAUUCUAUAUAAUUACUAUACUUUUUUUUUUAUAACUGAUGCUAAAAUGAUCACUCUGGAAGCAGGGUGAGGGCAUAUUCACAGCCAAAUAAGCACAUCUAAUUAAAGAGACCCAGACUUAAGUUUUUGAAAAUUGGACUGAUGUUCCUGUUCUGCCAGAAACAUAAUGAUUGUAUACUGGUGCAUGCUUGUCUCUAGAAAUGAAUCUUUGAAUUUGGGGUUUGCUGUUUUUAAAGCUUCCACCUAAAAUCAUUUUUGGUACGGCCUGAGAAUCUCUCUGUUAUAACAAAGCUGUGCAAAGUGUAGUAGACGACCUGGAGCCCCGUAGGAAGUUUCUCCUCAGCUUAUCUGCUAAGCUUUAGUCCUGUCAUAUUUUAGUGUUUCAGUAUCAACUGUGUAUGUACUUUUAUGCCAGUAUAGGAAACUCUAAUCUUUUUUUUCUCCUUCAGGAAGGUUCUCAGUGAUUAUACCUCAGGGAUUCCUGAGUAUCCUGCUUUCUAUAGGAGGGAUACCUUUGUGAGCUCAGAAUGAAAAGUUUUCCUGAAUUAUGAUGAUCCCAAAUCUUAUGUAAAUAGCCUUAGGCAUGGGUCUUAGGGAGAACUUCAUGACCAUCGUUAAAGUAGUUUUUUAAAACAUUUUAUACUUUAUGUCCUUGAUUUGACAGGAAUGAACAGACUUGGGCAAAGGGAGGAAAUCAAGAGACAGCUCACAACGAGAGCUUAUUCUCUAGAAAAGGUAUAUUUUAUACAGUAUUCAAAGUCUGUUCUUCUUUUCUGGCCACACUUCUUUUCAGUACAUAAUUAGUACUUGCUGGUUGCUUACGCGGACUUUCGACAUCUGCAACGAGAGCUCGCAAGUGUGUAGUGGUGACUUCUUUGAUGUCAGAGGCGCGCAGGCCUGUACUCCAAGCACAACGCCAGUGUCUACAACCUGGGGGUUACGUGCAGAGCGUAGCUGCUGAGGGCUGGUGUUUCAGUGCCCUCAGGGACAGCCAGGGAAACACUCUUGUUGGCUGUGUAGGGCUUGACUUCGUCAAACAGCUCUUUGUACACCGACCUUUGCUUUGUCAAAUGUAAAUCAGAUAAUAAACAUGAGUAUCUUCUUAAGUUUUUACUUGU